AUGUUCAACCUCGGUGUAGACGGCGACGAUGCUGUCGUGGAGCAGCACGCCGUGGCGCAGCAGAUGGCGCAGUACCAGGAUCCAAUGAUGCAGGAUGACGAGGAGCCUUCACCCAGGGGAGAGGAUCACACGCCCAUGAUCUCUUUCCUUACUACCAAGCUCCUGCGCACAUCGUUCAGUCUUAAGGCCCUCUCCAUGGCGCUGAUGUCGCUCUUCUUUCUCGGUUUCGGAGGCAGAUGGGUCUUCACCUUCCACUCACACCCGGAUAUGUCCAACGGAUUUCACCUCUCUAUGGCCAUCCUGAUGCUUGUGCAGCUCGCCGGCACUCUUGGCCUGUGCCUCUUCCAGUCAUUUGUAGCUGACGACUCCAAGUGGACCAAGGGGUUCCGCACUGGCAGUAAGAUCCUGUCUGCGGCGGUGACUCUAGACCUGUUGGCAGUGAUGCUCCGCCUCGGAGAAUAUCUGUACCUGUACAACAGCCUGAGUACGCUCUGGUGGUCAAAGUUCAACAUUACCAAAUCUGAGUGGAUUAUUUUUGCUGCGGCUAACCUCCUUGAUUCCAUCGCCCUCACCACCUACGGCUGGGCUCUCUUCUAUCUCGAAUGCUACCAUGAUGAGGGCACUUUCGAGGAGCUUGCUUGGACCAUGCUCACCCUCUUCUCCUUGGCAGGGCUUUCUAUGAUGCUGAUGAUUUUCACCGGCUAUGGAGCAGUUUUCAUGCUGUUCUUCACCGCUGGAGCCUACGCUGUGUCUUGCUACUGGUCAUUCCUCUUCGAGCCGUUGCUGCUUAAGUGGGCGCCUCAGCUGCACUCACGCGACAUCAAUACCGACAUCAUGCCCACAGAGGCCCCUCAUUCGGAGUCUUACCAGCCAGUUUCUGAGUACGCGCAUGAGCAGCCUCCCCAGUACAUCAACACGCAAACGUUCUCAUCUAUGCCUGGUGGGGCACAGGGUGGCCAGGAUAUUCCCACACAGUACGACUAUUCUCAGUUACAGCAGCAAGUUUCUCAGGGAAUUGAAAUGGGCGUGAUGGCCCCUUCAUACCAAUGA